AUGACUGUCAAUCUGUCCGAUGACGAACUGUUUACCAGUGCCAUCUCCGGAUAUCGCGAAGCAUUUUUGGUUCAACACUCCCACCUCUCGGAACUCGAACGAAACCAACUCUGGAUCGAACGCCUAAGCCAGUUCAUUCCCUCCUGUGACCGGAAUGACUGGAAUGACUGGAAGCCCGCUGGGAACCUGGGGAAACGGACUCGACAGGACGCGACACCGCGAACGUUGCCAUCUGACGCGGGUCUCCCUCGGGCUAAACGGAGAGCCACCACCCCGGAGCUCCCGGUCGACCUGAUGCGCCAUCUCUCAUAUGCAUCCUCCCCCGACCUCCCUCGGAAAGACGUAUCCAGUGUGGGACACGGCUCCUACCGACACACCGCCAUGGUGCGCUCCCAAAGCCAACAGAUCCCGGUAUCCCAUCGGCAUCAACCAGCCGGAGCCGUCAUGGGCAAACGCCAAUCCUUUGGCCCGGUCCAGACCCAACGUCGCCUCGAUCAUGUUGACGAAUAUUCGCCCUCCGAGUACACGCGCCAGUUGGAGAACUUCCCCAGUCAACCUUAUGACUCGGCCUUGACUUUCGGACUCGCGAAUCAUGGACGGACUGGACCCUCGCCAUACCCGCAAUAUUCUGGAACGACGCCGCCCUGGACCGACCAGGCUCCAGCAGGUGCAGCGGAGAUGUCUCGCAGCGGAACCACCGACUCCUUGGUUUGCGGAAUCAACAUGUUCCGCGUCGACUCAAAUGGACCGUCCCACCAAGAACCGAUCGACUCCAUCCCACCAGAGUGGGUGCCAACACCCAACUCUGGCUUGCCAUAUCAAAGCCCCUUUCUUUCUGUAUAUCCUGACCUAGAUCCCCCCAUGUCUCUCCCUUACUCCCACCCCACAUCAUUCUCCACCUCCGCCCCCGCAACCACCUCCUUCCACUACCGCAUGCCCCAUCCCCAGCACCCCUUAGGUGCUGUGGACAUGAAGUUUUCAGACUCAAUCGACAGCAAUAAUUCCGCCACCCUGCGCUCGCGUGCCUCGCGCCGCGCCCAGGAGCAGAUUGCCCAUGGCGCCCGCCCCAUCGCCCCCAAGCGCGAAAGCGACAGCUUAGUCCCCAGUCUGGACUCCAUCGACCCGCACAAGAUAGUGCGCAUUUCCUCAACAGAUGGUACCGCCAAGGAAGUUGCCGCGAUACCCAAAGCAUCAGUUCAGCGACCCCCGCGACAGAAGACCUAUUGUCAUAUCUGCAACGACCAACCAGACGGGUUCCACGGCGAGCACGAGCUGCGCCGACACAUCGAGCGUGUCCAUGCCUCCAUCCGCCGUGUGUGGGUGUGCGUGGACAUCUCCCCCGACAAGAGUUUCCUGGCCAACUGUAAAGCGUGUCGCAAUGGCAAGCGCUACGGCGCGAACUACAACGCCGCCGCGCACCUGCGCCGCACGCACUUCAACCCCUGUCAGCGCGGCCGUGGAGGCCGUGGGAAAGACAGCGAGAAGCGCGGCGGUAAAGGUGGAGGCAAUUCACCGUCCAUGGACGUCCUGAAGCACUGGAUGGUUCCCACCGAGGAGGUGGCAUCCGAUGGAUCGUUGGCCACGGCGACUCAAGUCCAGGCGGCGAGCAGUGUGCCAAGCAUCGAUUCGGGCCUAGGACUGGCGGCCUCUGCGUGUGCGAUCCCAGAUCGUAGCUCGUAUGUGGUCGAGUCAGCUCUCAUUGAUGAGCAUGACCAGUUCCCCGAGUUUCCCGAUGCGCCGUUCGAGCUCGAUUUCGAGAUCGGACUUGACGUGGAUGUGGGUUCUUCGUUGAACUCGCCGUUCUCGAUGGAUUCGCAGUCGUCGUUUUCGCCUGGGUUCCGUAUGUCGUGUGAGCGAUCGUAG